CACCGCCUUUUUUUAAGUAGGGUUUCUCUAUAGGAGCCCUGAAUACUAUUCUCAGAAAUGUCUCGGUUAAGGCUUUCACGCUGUUUUGGCUUUUAACGAAAAUGGCGUUUCGUGCAUUUUUCUGUAUUUGCCUGUGGCUUUUGUGUGGUUUGUGUGGUGUUUAUACAGAAGAAACGGUGAUAUCAGUGACUGAGGGAGAGUCUGUCACUUUAAAUACUGGUGUUACUGAACUACACAAAGAUGAUAAGAUACUGUGGUCGUUUAUACUUAACAGUUCAGAGAUUGGUUUAGCUGCAAUCUUUAAUCAGAUACUCUCUAUAUAUGAUGAUAAAGAGAAUAAUGAGAGAUUCAGAGGCAGACUACAGCUAGAUGAACAGACGGGAUCUCUGACCAUCACAAACAUCAACAGAUUACACUCUGGACUUUAUAAACUAACGAUCAUCAGUGGAGUGAUUAAACACAAGAGCUUUAGUACUGAAGUCUAUGGUAUUCUGCCUGUUCCUGUCAUUAUCAGAGACUCUUUAAUAAAUCUUUCAACAUCAGGAUCAUCAGUGUCCAGAUGUUCACUGCUGUGUUCGGUGGUGAACGUGAGUCAUGUGACUCUCUCCUGGUACAAAGGAAACAGUUUAUUGUCCAGCAUCAGUGUGUCUGAUCUCAGCAUCAGUCUCUCUCUACCUCUGGAGGUGGAACAUCAGGAGAAAAACACCUACAGCUGUGUGAUCAACAACCCCAUCAGAAACCACACUCAACAUCUGGACAUCAGUCAACUCUGUCAGACAAGUCCAGAAUCCAGCCGAACUUUAGUUCUCAUCGUUGUGUUUCUGCUGCUGUUUCUUCUUGUGGUCGUGGUUGUAGUCGUCUGGAUGUUUGGUCGCCGUAGGACAUACACACGAGCAAAACAAGAUGCUCAGGACAAUGAAGAAGAGGUUGACUAUACAGAUGCAACUUUUAUUCCACACAGAGCUCUGGAUGCUGAUGCUAAAGGACGCAAUCAGACGGUGUAUUCAGAAGUGGCUUUGAGGCGAUGAUCAUAUAGACGGCGUUAUCACACGGCUCAGUUUGUUACAGGACAGAAAUGAGACUGAAUUUCAUUUCAUUUUAUGUAAUUUCUCAUUUUUAAAAACAAAGAUCUCAUAUCUGGAACACACACAGUCGGUAAAAGGAUAUAUCACUUAUUUCAGGGACUAUAUAUAUAUAUAUGUGUGUGUGUGAGUACGAUUAAAAUGAACGUGUUCAUUACUGCACUGGGCUAAUGGCUCCCUCUGCAGACUGUUUUUGAGACUUCUAUGAAUCAAUGGCUCUUGGCUGGUAGAUAACCAACUUUGGGACAAAAAUCAUCUUUCAAAAGUUUAGAAUAACUUCCUUUGAUAAGCAACACCCCUGCUCUGAAGAUAAGACCAUUAAUACAAGUCAUUUUUACUUUAAUGUUGCCAGCAUUCGAAGUUUUUAUUUUUCUGAAGAAAGGCGUGGCGAUGUAAAACAUAGUAAAAAGUGCACUAUUUAACAGGUUUUGCAACAGUUAUCAGUAUUAUCUAUGCCUGUGUAAAGUGGUUGAUUUAUUGAAAUUUGAUUCUGUUCUGACAAACCAGGUGAUUUAAUAUGACUGAUGAUUUGAGUUUUCUCUAUUCAAAUUGUUUGAAUGUAGUAAUCUUGUAAUGAAGUGAAGUCACUGAAGUCUAUGGCUUUUUUCAUGUUUGAUAUUUAGGCUCUUUAUAUAAUAAACAUUAUAAAUGAAAACA